AUGCUGUCGGUUCUCCGGCCGGUCUCCGUCAACGAGCCGCGCUGGUAUUUCACGGCAUGCCAGGCGCGAGAUUUGGACAGGGGUGUGGAGAAGAUGUUGGGCAGCAAGCGUACCAAGGCGCCGUUCGUCUCAGUGAUGCACUGGGCCACGGGCAAGCGCUACGUGCUCGAGGGCGCCGAGGAGAUCCUGAGGCCCGGGCAGGUCCGCGGCCUGCUGCAGAAGCUGAGCUCGGAGGGGCAGGGGACGCCUUCGGCCGAAGGCAGGGCGCCUUCGAAUCCCCAGAACUCCUCGUGCCGCUUGCUCUGUUGA